CGUACCGCUGUUCCGCCGGUCUUGCCUGCAUUCUCCGAAGCACAAGAACAACUGCAGGUCGAAGACGGGACGUAUCGGGGAUGCUCUCUGUGUCACUGAAGGUGAAGAAGAAGACCAGCACGGCGUGCAGCUCGGAGUGGACGCCAGCGGCGCCAGCCAGUGCACAGGUCUGAAUAAGAAGGUGUUUCGCCACAUCCUGUUAACAGGACCGUCUACAACAUUCGGUGACACGCUUGCCGGCCAACGAAUGAGGACCGCUGGCGGGCCGCGGCUGCUGCUGCUGCUGCUGCUACUGCAGACGGCAGCGCUGGCAAACGGGCGGCCACAGGAGAGCUUGGUCGGCCAUGCAAGCCAGCACCAAGAGCUGGCGGUCGUGUCGGGCCGCAGCUUGGUUCCCGUGCGCACGCUGGAAGGCGACGUGGCCUGGGUAGAGGCGCGCUUCCUCAACGAAACGCACAUGAGGAGCUUCAAGCACCAGGCCAAGCCAUUUGCACUCGUCGAGAAGGUGUCCAUCAUCAUGCCCGUUUUGACGUUCCUUGUGCCCUUCUUGGUCUGGAUGUUCUGCAUGGUGAUCUGCCUGCAUCGGUCACACCAGAGGCACUCCUACUACUGAAGAUGCGUGCAGGGUUGCGCAGAAAAAGCUUUUCAAGACAGUGCGACCACACGCGACAAAGGGCGCGCCCAGCUGCAUGUUGCCGCUACACCAUCGUGUCACCGAGCGAAGCAGUGGCAUUGUACAGAUCCACUCAUUUGGAAGCACCGCAUAGCGGAAACCCCUACCCGUGCUCCCGAAGAAUAAAAUCAGAACAAUC